CGGAGCGUCGCCUGUGGUUCAGAGCAUCAACAGUCACCGGGGGACAUCAAUGGUGGAAGACGCGUCCAUUCAGGGAAGGGUCUGACAGAGACCGUUUCUGAGGCGUAUACAUGGAGAGCUGAAACUGAACAUGAGCUUUACGUCCUUAAUUAUGUACAUAUCUGCGGGGUGCAUAUUUAUUUCCUAUGUAUAUAUCGGGUUUUGUCACGCUGCACCUGGCGCUAGCCACUACGAUGCUUCGCCUCUGUCCAGGAAGCUCGGCUCAGCCCCUGAAACCGGGGACCUCGCCGCAACGCCUCGGAAAAGCUUGGUUCCGGAACUAGCACCGGCUCGUGGCGGGGUGUCUGCCGGCCUCGCGACCACCCCGAGCCACGUCCAUCAACCGGCAACAACCUUCCGGCCCCCGACGGCGGCGCCUUCCACCGCGUCUACAAGCCCAGCCACACUGGACUCGCUCAGGUCGAGCAGCCACCGCAGGAGAUCCACCGACGGACAGGCAUCCUUGUUUACUCCGGACAAAAGCCUGCAGAGCCUGGUUUCUAUGGUCUCCCAGAGAUCCGCCAAUGAUGCCUGGGCAGCAGACAGCCCCGGCUCUCCUUUCACAUCGAUGGAGACUAAUCAAGAGAGCCGGUGCAACUGUUCCACUGGCGCUGAGGGAAUCGAGGAUCCAGAGGAAUGUGACCAGACUACUGGUCAGUGCUUGUGCUUGUCUGGCUACACCGGCCUGCAGUGUGAGGAGUGCGAGGAGGGACACUUCACCAACGGCACCAGUGGCUGCCUGCCCUGCGCCUGCGACUCCUUCGGUGCGGUCAGUCCACUCUGUGACAGCUCAGGAACGUGUGUAUGCAAGACUGGAAUUUAUGGGCCCAAGUGUGACGAGUGCCAUCCGGGAUUUUUCCACUUCAGCAGCACAGGCUGCCGGCCGUGCCAGUGCAACAACCACACCAGCUACUGCCACCCACAGUCAGGAGUCUGUCUCAACUGCGAGGGCAACACCCAGGGAUCCAACUGUGAAGAGUGCCGGACCGGCUUUUACCGCAGUCCGGCCGCCGCCCCCAGUGAGCCAUGUCUACCGUGUCCAUGCUCCAACUCCUCGUCCACUGGCUCCUGCCACACAGGUCCCGGCGGCGCCCCGGUGUGUGACCAGUGCCUUCCUCACUUCACCGGCCCCGCGUGCGACCAGUGCCGGCCCGGCCUCUACAAGUCGUCCGGGAGCUGCGUCCCCUGCGACUGCAGCGGCAACGCGGACCCCCAGGGCCACGCGCAGAUCUGCCACCCGGACACGGGCCACUGCCUCCGCUGCGUCAACAACACGGCGGGGCCGCGGUGCCAGCUGUGCGCGGCUGGCUUCACGGGCGAUGCGCGAGCUCACAACUGCACGCGCCCAGCCUCCCGCCUGGGACCCCCCGCCUCACCCGCUCCUCUGACCACGGUGCCGCCGCCGUCGCCCGCCACCCGAGCGAGCUCCACCUCCGGCGGCAACAGCACGUGGACGCCCGGCCAGGCGCUGCUGACCAGCCCAGGCGGCCCCACCGACAACACCACGGCCGCCCUGACCGAGGUGUCCUGGACGCAGUUCAACAUCAUCAUCCUGGCCGUCAUCAUCCUGGUGGUGGUGCUGCUGCUGGGCUUCGUGGGCGGCGUCUACUCCUACCGGGAGUAUCAGAACCGCAAGCUCAACGCUCCCUUCUGGACCAUCGAGCUGAAGGAGGACAACAUCAGCUUCAGCAGCUACCACGACAGCAUCCCCAACGCCGACGUGUCGGGCCUGCUGGAGGACGAGGCCAACGAGGUGGUGCCCAACGGCCAGCUGGCCCUCAGCGCUCCGGGGAACUGCUACAAGGCCUGAGGCUCCGUCACUGGCGAGGGAACCAUGCAAAAACCUUUCUACUUUUGAUACGAGUGACGCGUCCCGGGAGCAUCUCGCCUCUUUUCUAAGCGACUCCUUUAAGUUCCGAGAGGCUUGCGUCACCGCCGUGGUGAUUUGAACUCUAAUUUAUUCCUGUUUCGGAGCCGCGCUGCGCACGCACGUGUGUGUGCCUGGGCUCCCCUGUACAGUGUGUGUGUGUGUGUGGGUCUCGGAGGGCCACAUGAAGGCGCCUGGCUGGCCUGACCUGAGGAGUCCCCGAGGCGAGGCUGAUCUACUGCAGGACAGUGGCUGGUCACGUGACCCGGGCCCGUGUAAAUACGCGUGUACAGAUGGAUGUGAAUAGUAGCGCUACACUUGUACAGUUAGCUCUUUGUGUUCGCUGGACUGGUCCCCACUCCUCACCCGCCACAGCCUGGUGUCACCGGUCGGCUCGUUUCUUAUCAUCGACUUAUGACCACCCCCCAAAUAAAACACUGGGCUUUUCCAAACCUCUUGUGGAGGCGUGUCUGUGCAUCGCUUCGCUCAGAGUGACUCAGGAGCCACUUACGGCGCGCUCCUCCUGUACUCGUCUGGCGUCAUCGUCCUCCGCCUGCGAGUCCAGCCGUGCGUGUUGCUCCCGGCGUCUCCAUGGUGACCAUCAGCAACAUCUCAGGAACCAGGAACCAUGACUGCGCGGUGGUUCCCAGCAGGUGAGCCGUCAUAUCGUGACAUGAAUCAUGAAGAAUUAGCGCGUGCUGCCGACGAGUGUGGGUCACGUGGAUAACGGCUUGAGGAGGAAAAUAAGGGACCGAGUCCCAACCUAAACAGAAGGAGAAGAAGGAACACUCUGGACAGCAAUUGGUCCACUAAAUGUCAAUCAUCCACCUAGCGUUUUGCUCACUGAAAUCCUGUUCAACUGACUGGUGUUUCACUACAGUUGCCUCAAAAAUACAUGCAAGAUCAUGUGAUGUUUAAAAGAGAAAAUCAUGAUGUAUUUUUGCCAUAGUCAAGAGUCAGUCGCUACAAUUUUUCACAAAAUAAAAGGGAUUUCCUGCAGGCCUUUUGGACCAAGUUCCUCUGGUGGACAGCCUUGUUUUCAAAGAAGGAAGAGCGUCGUGGCUUAAAAAACGGUUGAAGGACUCUAAUCUGAACGACGCAGUGAUGUCAUCAACAAGGACACCCAGUUUUACAAAGUCAUGUUUUACAUGGAGUAAAAGUCGCUUUGAAAAUAUAACCAUGACACUUAGUGACAUCAUCAGAAGACGCUGUGAGUUUAAACACUUGACGUUCAGUAGGGAGAAAGAAUCAAAAAUGGACCUCAAACCAGAGCUUUUAGUUGAACACAUAAUUAUUAUUAUUAGUAGUAGUAUUUUAUUUAUUUGAGUUUUUUCUUUUGAACAUGGCAGAUUUCCUUCAGGCCACAGUCUCAAAUCUAUGUCCUAAGAAUAAACUUCACGACACAUGAGGCGUCUAUCAGAGGAGCGGCAGGAUCUCAGGAGGACCAGUGGUCUGAGAUUCAGCCUGACGUGCCACAGAUAAGAGAGACCGAGACGUGUGACGCACUGGUCGAGAGGGAAACCAACCCAGAGUGGCUCACUGGGUCACGGCUCUCUCACAGAUGCUGGGGCCACGCAGCAGCAGCAGCAGACGGGUGAAGCAGAAGCCUCGGAGCAUCCAAGAGCCAU